UGGGAGGUACCCGCACCAGCGUUUAUUAAAACACUGGAUUACAGUCAUUUGUAAAGACAGCUUGGGAAGAAGGGAAAAAUGACUGACAAGUGCAGCUUGUGGAGCGCGAUUUCUGCGGCAGCUUGCUGCUUCUACCGAGGCUCCUUCAUGCAAGUUCAGUUUUCAAAAGACAAAUACAUCCUGGAUUCCAGCCCUGAAAAACUGCACAAAGAGUUGGAGGAGGAGCUGAAACUGAGUACCACAGACCUGCGGAGUCACGCCUGGUACCAUGGACGCAUCCCACGGGAGGUUUCUGAGAACCUGGUCCAGAAGAAUGGAGAUUUCCUCAUUCGUGACUCGCUCACAUGUGUUGGUGAUUAUGUGCUGACCUGUCGAUGGAAAAAUGAACCCCUGCAUUUCAAAAUCAACAAGGUGAUGAUCAAACCUAAUGAGACCUACACCCGCAUCCAGUACCUGUUCGAGAGGGAGAGCUUUGACAACAUCCCUGCUCUGGUCAGGUUUUACGUUGGGAACCGCAAACCGGUCUCUGAGCAGAGCGGUGCUGUUAUCUACACUCCAAUCAACCGCACCCUCCCUCUCCGCUACCUGGAGGCCAGCUAUGGACUGUCCAAUGGGAAACAUGGCCUGACCCAUCCACCAACCAACCAGAAAGGUGGAUACAUCAAGAGGCGCAGCGUGACUAUGACGGACGGUCUGACGUCUGACAAGAUGAUCCGCAGUGACAGCUGUGGCAAUAGUAUUCCAUCACCACAUCACAAGGAAACAGUUAGGAACUUUGCUCUGAGUAUGGACCAAAUCAAGGAUAUUCACCAUGGAAUGUCUCCAGUGAAUGAGAUUCCUCAGACUCCAGAAUACAGCACAAGUUUGAAGCACAAAAGCCAGCUAGGCCGAGUGGAAAGAAUGAUGCCAUCAUCGCCAGUCCUGCGACGGUCUAGUGAGCCACAACUUAGCCCACCCAUUGGUAACAAACUGUGUCAGGACCCUAAUAGGGGAGGCCCCUCAGAAGCCUCAAGUGGGCCUCACUGUAAUAGCACACAUUCUACCCCAAUGCAUGGCUCCUCACAGUUGGCCCAGAGGAAGGCCUCAGAUAAUUUCAGAGAAGCGGAACACACCCACUACUGUGAGCUACGACCCUCUUCUCCCGUCGACUGGGAGAGGCAGCAGCUAGAGCUGGCCCUUAAACAAAGUCAACUGAUGGCAAAGAGCUAUGUAGAACGGUUGAAAGUUGAGGAAUAUCCCAACAUCUCCAGCUGGCAGUCUGAGACAAACUUUGGGAUCAUGGAGACGGAAACAUUCCUCAAUCAAAUGCCAGUUUUCACGGAAGAGGAGGGGCUGCAGUGUCACGCCUUCACAGCCCCGAUCAUUGAAAUGGUGUCAUCCUUUAAGCCAAACGGAUACCAAUCGAUACUUAUUCCUUCAGAGAACAAGCCACUCGAGAUGACAGUGCUGAAGAAAGUCAAGGAGCUGUUGGCUGAGGAGGAUCCAAAAACUACAGCCAAGCACAUCACAAAAGUAGACUGCAUGGUUGCUAGGAUACUGGCUGUUUCUAAGGAACUGCAGAAGCAGAUGGGAGUGAGCUCAGGCCUGGAGUUACUCACUCUUCCCCAUGGGCACCAGCUCCGACUCGACUUAUUGGAACGUUUUAAUACAAUGUCAAUCAUGAUGGCGGUGGAUAUCCUAGGCUGUACUGGCAGCACAGAGGAGCGGGCCGCUCUCCUUCACAAAACUAUACAGCUGGCUGCUGAACUGAAGAGCAAUAUGGGAAAUAUGUUUGGCUUUGCUGCUGUGAUGAAAGCUUUAGAAAUGCCUCAGAUCUCAAGGCUUGAGCAGACAUGGAUGAUUCUUCGACAACGACACACUGAGGGGGCAAUUCUCUAUGAAAAGAAACUGAAGCCGUUCAUGAAAAAUAUGAAUGAAGGAAGAGAAGUAUCUCCGCUGACCAACACGACAUUUCCUCAUGUGGUUCCCCUCAUCACUCUGCUUGAACGUAACGUUGUGAAUGCUGACAACGUGGAGGCAUGGGAGAUCAGUGAAAGUGGUGUGGAGGUAGUUAUGUCACAUCUGGAGGCUGCAAGGACGAUUGCACAUCAUGGAGGCCUGUACAGAACAAAUGCUGAACUGAAACUACAAGGAUUUCAGGAAAAUGAACAAAUUCUUGAAAUCUUCAAAACUGAGUUCCAGAUGCGGUUGCUGUGGGGGAGCCGAGGAGCAGAAGGCAACCAAGUUGAGCGAUAUGAAAAAUUUGAGAAGGUCCUAAGCGCACUUUCAAACAAAUUGGAACCUCCAGUCCGUCAUAGUGAAUUGUAGCUUGGAAGGCAAAAAAUAAUUCACAAAGGCUCUUAAAAAGCAGUAUGAGUUUGGUUAAAGGGAGCAAUCACUGGAGAGGAACUUCCUAGUUUCGUAUUUUCGUUUUAUUUAAAUUUGAUGUUUUAAAAGAAUUGAGUGUGUGAUCAAUAGAGCACUAUCUUGCUAAUGCUACUAGUGAUUCGUCAUGGCUGUGCACAGAAUCACAAAGAAACAGGAAGUGAUGGAAUUGGCAGGGUUUCUUUUAGCUAAUCAUAAGUAUUUCUGACUCAUUCUGGAGGUUACGGAGUUUUAAAAAUUCCACAAUCCAGCUGAUAAAGUCAGCACCCCACUUUGUACUGAGCUGAACAGAUCACGUGAAUCCAUCAUUUGCUCCUUGGUCUGUGUCAAAUUAGCUCACCUUUCCAAGGGAACACCGAGUGACUGACUACAAAAAUGAUCAGUGAUCAUUAUUUUGGACACAGCUGACAAAAGUCAGCUGUGAUCAUUAUUCAGUGAUAAUUCUUAGAAAAUGGAUCAUCAGACAAGAUUGGGGUUGACCAUGGUUAGUGGAGGGAAAUAAACUUGAAGGACCAAAUGGACUGCUCUCAAAAGAGCCAGUGUACAUUCACAGGCUGCAUGACUCUUUUUUGUACUGUUAUGACUUAAGAUGCCCUGAUGCCUUAUAGAGCUGAAUGGGUUGUCAACAUACAGUCUCCAUACUUGUACAUGAACGACUGUAAUGUAGGUGAGGUCAGAUAGUAUCUGUGGAACUGCACCCAAGCAAAAGCCUUCAGGAGGAGGGAAAGAGGUUGGGGUGAAAUGUCGGUAGCAAUGAUCAGAAAAUGAAUCCUAAUUAAAGAUCUCCAAAACAAGAUCACAUGCAAGGUGAUUAGCACUUUCUCCAGAAAGAAACUAACCAAAAAACAUGACCAAUAGACAACAACAUGCAUUUAACUACUGCAUUUAAUGUAAAAAAAUGCUAUAUGUGAAAGUGAAAGAAAACUCCUGAGCAACAUGAACGUUAACUCAAUGCUGAGUGAUCUAGCUUGAGGAGAUAUUGUGAAAAUCAAAGAACUUAUUAAAAGAUAGAUCAGUAUUCCUAUUGAGUAAGACAAAGGGGGAAAUUAGUGAGUUUCUGUUUGGAAUGUUACUCUUGAAGUGACAAUGUCUGGCUGUCUCAUUGUAAAGUUAUUGUACAGAAAAGUUUAUUUCUCCACUCUAAGAUAACAUGGGGGUAAAGCAGCAUGUUUAAGAGGGUCAUUUUUGUUUAACUUAUCCUCACCACUGUUUUGGUGGGAGGGAUUCUUCAUCGAUCAUCAUGCUCUGUGGCUUGUUGAUCAAGAAGUGGCACCGUAAACACCAUGAGCAGAUGUCAAUGAACCUGAGGUGGAUAGUGUAUAAUGGCAUUCUUCUCUGGAGACAGGAAAUUUAGGUACAAAAUGCCAUUACCGACUACAUGGUGAGGGCAACUCAGACGUACAGUGGAUAUACAACCAAGCCAAGUGGCUUACUGAACAAGAACAAAUUAUCUAGCGGAGGAACCUGUCAAACAUUUUACUCCUCACACUAUUCAGGGAUGCUUUCACAUAAUAAGCCAGGUUUGGUUGUCGAGAAAGAUGCUUUCUAUUUCAAUGAUCUGUUUGGUGCUCUUUAUCUGGAUUCACUGGAGUGAAGUGUCACAAAUGAAAGGGAACAUAUGGAACUGUACCCUAGCACAAGACAGAAAACUUGGGAGGGGGGAAAAUUGAGUAGCUGUACUUUUAUUAGCUUUCUAUGUGGAAACUAACAUUUCGCAGAGACUCCAAACCAUUCCUCCACAUCGAACUAUCUCAUGCUGAGGAACUAUGAAAUCACUAUCAUCUCAUAAUUUACUUUGGGAUGGAUGAAAGAAAUGCAGAAUUGAGUUUCAAAAAACUAUUAUAGGUGCAUUUGGAGAUAUUAAUUGUGUUAUAAUACAAAUAAACAAGGAAACAUGCUAUAUAUUGAAAGCCAAAGCUGAUGAGCCACAUACAGACCCUGAGUACUGGUCUCCGUUACAUAAUAUUUACUGUAUUUCCAGGGCUAGGCCUUUGGAAUGGACAGUGUUUCUGAGACAGCUGUUGUUGAACCUCCAGCCUUACCCAAACCAUAUGCACCAAAAUAAAAACACAAAAUUGUCCACUUUGACACUUAUUAAGUGGAGUGACACAAUAUUACUUGGUUUAAAACACAAAGAAGCAAAAUUUUUUAACGUAAAUUUUAUGUAAAUAACAUCAGUUCUGCACCAAAUCUUCAAUUCCCAGGACUCGAGUGUACUUUACAGGCAGCCAGAAUCCAAAUCAUAUUGCAUUUUUGUCUUUUAGCUCAUUCUACAUGAACCCACAAUGCUUCAGUGUUCUAUUAUUCUGCUUUACAAUUAUGGCACAGUGUAAAUACAGAGAUGUACAUAUAAAUUCUAUGUCCUUGCAUAAAAAACAAAGCCCUGUUUGAUGUAGAGUAUAAUCCUGGAUGUUGAUGAAUGUAUUAAUUUGUAUUAAUAGAGUUGUGUAAGGCAAAAUACGUACUUGUGUGUGAUUUCUGGAAUUCAAUGGUGCAAAUGAAGUAAUUUUUUAAAUGUACAUGUGAACUAUAAAAUUAUAAAAAUAAACAUUUCAAAUACUGAAAUAUAAGGAAAAAAUCUGAUUUACAAUUUUGAUGUGAAUAAUAUAUUGUUUAUAAAUGAUAAAAGUUGUUGUAAUGUUCCAAUGGGUUAACUGCAGUGAUCAUAGAAUGUCUGUGGAUCUAUACUCUACCGUUACAUAUAGCCUACAG